AAUAUGUCACGUGACAUUUUCAUAUCAUUUCCAGAUAAUUAUAUUCAAACAACAAUCCAGUGUUAUUCAACUUGGGAGUCAUUGUCAAGUCAUUUUAAUCUGUUAAAAUGAAAUUUAACGAAGAUUCCCUUUAUGCGUUGAGUAAAAAAAAACCCAACAAGGAAGGCCGUUUAGGAUAUAAAAAACCAGGACGAGAGAAUUAUAAAGACAGAAUAUGCAAAUUGUAUGCAAAUAUGCUCUUCUACUACGAAAUAAAUUCAUUGGGACAUGUAGUAAAGCACGAGCCUCGAGGUGUCAUUGUACUGGAACGUUGCUUAAUUUCAAUAGAUCCAAUGGCCGAUCAAUGUUUUGUUUUUACAAUAGCUUUUGAAGGUGGAAGUACGCAUUCUUUCAGUGGGAAAAGUCUCAAGACAUGCGAAGAAUGGGUUGAUGUAUUAAAUAAAGCAAGCUUUGAAAGUAUUAAAUCGGAAGUUGAACAACUUAGGUCAGAAAUUAUUAAGAAAACUGGAAAGGAUCCAUUACAAGAUCAAGCUGCAAAAUUCGUUCCAAAAGAGAAGAAAGAUGUAACAGUUCAGUCAAAACCUAAAGUUACUAAAUGGCUGUCAAACAAAGCAAGCAUUGUGAAGACGUUAACUGAAGUUGCUUGUUCAGCUGUUACAAAUAAUCAUAACCUACCAGACCCGAGAACUAAUACUAAACGACCCGCUUCAUCAUCUAAUGUUCAAAAAGCGAAACCUCCUACUGCUGCGUCGGCAGGUGCAGCAGUACGACAACCACCACCACCGCCACCUAAACCAUUUGAACCUGCCCAGUCAUUCUCUCUACAACCGCAUCAAAGUGUUCGACCUCCAAAACCAGAACAAAUCUUCGAGGUUACACCUACUGCUGGCCUCAAAAUCGAACCGGCUAAAAAUACCAAUCACUGGAUGACUUUUGACGAUUCUCCAAAAGCUCAACCAGCUACAACUAACCAAAAUGCAGUUGGAAAUGCGUCUCAAAAUUUAGAUUUAUUGAAAGAUUUGGGUUUACCAUCAGAGCCGUCUAGACCCCCUCAAAAUACAACUGUACCGAAGGAUUUAGAAUGGCUCAUAUCGGGAAAAGAAAAGCCGAAGCCCGAUAAUAAAAAUGCGCAAGAUGAUCUUAUUAGCUGGUAG